UUUCUCGCCGUGCAUGGUCUUCUGUGCAGCGAAUGCUCAACAGGCCCGUUGAAUUACAAUGUAACAAUCUUUGAUGUGGAGCAAUGCUCUUUAACACGAAUUGCGGAAUGUAGGUAAAUCAUUUUGGCCCGCGCCAUGAUGGACAGAUGUAGGAAAAAAAAUGCAAGCAUGCAAGGAAAUUUAAUCGAUAAAGUCCUGCCGACAAAUAUCCCUUACAACAGCUAGCCAUGUAAUCCGGCAUAACACCGUCUUAGCAACCCGGGGUGCGGUUUAGUUUACUGCGAACCUUCGAACAGUUCAGAUCGACAAAUUUUCCGUUGACGCCCCCGCGAAAUGCCCAAAGAAAAGAAAGCAAAGAAGGCCAAAAAGGCCGUCCUGGAUGUUCAGCCGGUUGAUGGGCUGAGUGCCGUCGAUCGCCAGUUCUUCGAGAUCACGAUCAACGAUCUGAACCAGAAGUUGGCCCGCCUGCGGACGCACAAUGUCAAGAUCGAGGAACGUAACGAGGAGCUGGAGAGUAAGCUGAAGCAGAUCGAGAAUGAUCGGGCGGAUGUGACGGCUUUUCUGGAUCGGACUCUGCAGGAAAAGCUAGCGGUCAUCAUCGAGCUGGAGGACAAGCUGAGCGAACUGUCCAAGGUUCGCGAUCAGGAGAAUGAAGAGUGCCAGAAGAAGGUGGUCAGCAUGGACGCCAAGUACAAGGCAAUGCACGAACAGCUAACGUCGGAGAUUAAGCUGCUUACCGGUAAGCUCAACUCCAUGGAGGAGUUCCGGCAGCAGCGGGAUGAGCUGAUGGCAAAGUUUGACGCUCAAGAUACCGAGCUGAAAGAGCAGAACAAACGUCACAAGACAACGCUGUACGAGAUGGAGCGAAAGGUUAUUCUGGACAAGGAUCGUCUCAGGAAGGACGUGGAGAACAAGCUGCUGCAGUUGUCAACGGAGUUUACAAAAUCUUCGGAAAUUCGCGUUGCUGCCCAUACGCAGCGUCUCGUGCGGGAGAACAUUGCCCUGAACAACGAGAUGGAUCGCAUGAUCUUCACCUUGGAACGUCUCGAGAAGCAAUACGUACAGCUUAAGGUCCAGAACACGGAGCUGCGCAACUUGGCCGACAUUGACGUCGUCGAGAAGCAACGACUGAUGCAAACCUGCCAGGAGCGGUUGGAUCUCGUCAAACAGCUUGCAGAUCAGUACGAUCAACAGCUGCAGAAAAACGCUCAGCUGAAUGCUUUCAAAGAUAAAGCCGAUGAGUAUGAGUCGGAAACUCAAACCACCAAGAAAGAGUACAACCAUUUGCGACAAAAGGUCCGCAUUCUCGAGCAAUACAUUCACUACAUCAACACGGAUCGCCAAGCCCUGCGCAAUGAGUCCGACCAUCACCAGAAAGAGUUCAGCCGUAUCUCGGAGAUUCUCAAAACGGUCCGCUUUACCGUAUUGUCCGCCUUCAAAGAGGACGAAGAAGCUGACGAUCUACCAUACCAGGAGAUUAAAAGGAAACGAAUCAUCGCUGAUUUGCUGACUGCGUUGACCAACCUGGAUUUACAGCCUCGCGUUGACAUCUCUGUCGCAACCCUACCAGCCCUGGAAGAAGGCUACGAGCAGGGAGAUCUCGGUGUAAUCCCACGCGAAACCUUGGAUUCAAUCAUCGAAAAGACGCAGACCUUCAAUCUUCCGGACACUCCGCUGAUAAGCUCGAACACCUCAUCAUCGACGGCCGACAAGGACAGCUUGAGUGUGCGAAUCGCGUCCGGAAGUGACGUUAUAAUCGACGUCGUCAGCGGAUCCCAGCUGGUGUUCAAGGGGUCCGAGGAGUCCUUCGAAGAGGAUCAACCCAAAAGCGACGCAGCUUCCGAAGGGGUUGCCGAGGAAAUUGAGACUAAGGACAAAAAGGACUCGGACGGGGAUGAGCAGCAGGAAGGGUCGAUUGGUGAUGAGGGGAGCGUUAAAGGGUCGGACGUUCGAUCGGUGGUUUCGGAAAGACAGGAAGAUAUCAUAAUCGACGCACCGGACAUUAUAGCGGACGAACCGAUCGAGUCCGCUUCGGCUGGAAAGGAAUCCGAUUUUCAUUGAAAAUUUUGAAAUAAAUUCUUCUGACAAAAGAAAAAUUCUUU